GUGGCGCAGCGGGACAGUCCUCCGGAGACGCCGCAGUUCACCAAAGCGCUGUGCAUCAUCCUGCACCUGCUGUUCCUGCUGGAGAAGCUGGAGAGCGCUCCGGAGCAGGAGCACCAGAAGCGGCAGACCGUGUACCGGCUGCUGAAGCUCCACCCGCGGGCGCGGAGCGGCUACACACCGCUGCACAUGGCUGUGGACAAGGACACCACGUCUGUGGGCCGUUACCCGGUGGGGCGGUUCCCGUCGCUGUGUGUGGCGAGUCUGCUGCUGGAGUGCGGCGCUGAUGUGGACUCGCGCGACUGCGAGAACAACACGCCGCUGCACAUCGCCGCCGCUAACGGCUGUCCGGAGAUCAUGGCGGCGCUGAUCCGGGCCGGAGCGCACUUCGACGCCACGAACGCGCAGCACAAGACGGCCUACGAGCUGCUGGACGAGCAGAGCAGCGGGCGACACGCGCUACACCCGCUCAACCACGUCACGCUGCAGUGUCUGGCGGCCCGUGCCAUCGAGAGACACAGGCUGCCCUACAGAGGGCUGAUCUCAGAGCAGAUGGAGGCCUUCAUCGAGCUGCACUGA